AUGCAGGCUCUUCGUGCCCUCCAGCGAUCUGGCCUCCAGAAGGCGGUCGCCGCCGCCUCGUCGUCUUCGUCGACGCUCUCGCACCGAUCCUUCCACUCGUCGCGACGUGCGCUCGAGUUCUCCAAGUUCAACAUGCCCGCCAUGUCGCCCACCAUGACCGAGGGCGGUAUCGCCGCUUGGAAGAAGCAGCCCGGUGAGGCUUUCUCUGCCGGUGAUGUUCUGCUCGAGAUCGAGACCGACAAGGCCACCAUGGACGUCGAGGCUCAGGACGACGGUGUUCUCGCCAAGAUUCUCGUCGGCGACGGCUCCAAGGCUGUCCAGGUCAACUCGCUCAUCGCUAUUAUGGCCGAGGAGGGCGACGACCUGUCGAAAGCGGAUGCGUUCGCCGAAAAGGCAUCUUCAGAAAGUGGUGACGCCAAACCUGCUGCCACGGAGGAGCCCAAGGAAGAGUCCAAGCCAAAGGAGGAGCCCAAGCAGCAAGAGUCCGCGCCAUCUUCAUCCUCGUCGUCUUCCUCCAGCAGCUCGUCGUUCGGCUCGCAGAGCUCGGGCGACCGCAUCUUUGCUACCCCUGUUGCCCGCAGGCUGGCGCAGGACAAGGGCAUCGCACUCAACAAGAUCAAGGGUACCGGCCCUGAGGGCCGCAUCAUCAAGGCCGACGUCGAGAACUACAAGCCCGAGGCUGCUGCUGCUUCCGCGCCUGCGCCGUCCGCUUCCUCGGCUGCUCCCGCCAAGUCGGCUGGUACGCCCGCCCCCGCCCCUGCCUCGAGCGAAGGCGACUACACCGACAUCCCCGUCUCCAACAUGCGCCGCACCAUUGCAGCGCGUCUCACCGAGUCCAAGUCCUCCAUCCCGCACUACUACGUCAGCAUCGACGUCGAGAUGGACAAGGUGCUCAAGCUCCGCGAAGUGUUCAACAAGGCUGCCGCUGAGAAGGCCGGCAAGGACGUCGAGAAGGCCAAGGCGGCCAAGCUCAGUGUGGGCGACUUUAUCACCAAGGCCGCCGGUGUCGCGCUCAAGGAGGUUCCCGAGGUCAACUCGGCCUGGUACGGCGACUUUAUCCGACAGCACAACAAGGCCGACAUCUCGAUUGCUGUUUCCACCCCUACCGGUCUCAUCACGCCCAUCGUCAAGGAUGUCGGCGGAUCGGGUCUGGCCACCAUCUCGGCGGCUACCAAGUCGUUGGCGGCCAAGGCACGUGCCGGCAAGCUCUCUCCGCAAGAGUACCAGGGUGGUUCGUUCACCAUCUCCAACAUGGGCAUGUUCGGCAUUACCCACUUUACCGCCAUCAUCAACCCUCCUCAGAGCUGCAUCCUCGCCAUUGGCGGCACCGAGGCACGCCUCUUGCCCGACGCAGAGAGCGAGCAGGGCUUCCGCAAGUCGAUGGUCAUGCAGGCUACCAUCUCUGCCGACCACCGAACCGUUGACGGUGCCACGGCUGCUAAGUGGAUGAAGGCUUUCAAGGACGCCCUUGAGAACCCGCUCAGCUUCAUGCUUUGA